AUGCAAGUCGAAGUUUUGGACAACACCGAUAGCUCGAGCAGCUUCAAUAAAUCUGAAGACAAUUCGAACUCAAAACCUUUAUGGAGGGCCCCAGAAACAACCGGAGACGUCACUUUCCAAUCUCUACAUCGGGGCAGUCUGGAUCGAUCAUCAUCAGUCACUGCUAGCCUCAAGGAGAGCACCUCAAAGGGAAAGCUGAGCAUGUCAACCAACACGAUUUCCGGCGCCCAAGCGGCUCAAAUGAUCAGCUCGGAGACAUCAAAUCCGCUCUCCAUACAACCCCGUCCUCCACUCUCGGCAUCAUCCUCAAACUUGGUCAAGCGGAUCGUCGAGAAUCAAAAUCUUCUGAUCUGGCAAGCUUAUGACGACUGGAGACAGAAGUUUCCUCGGCUUCAGUUCGACGAUAAGGACGAAGAAAUCGAGGAGAACGAGGUCGAAUCUGAGGCCGAAACCGAGCCGUUUACCUCGGACUCCGCGGCCGAUGAAUCUUGA